AUGAUUAACUUGUUUGCUGUUCGACAAGCUCAACAACCUGCAGACAAAGAACAUCGGUUUGGGUAUGGAAAAGCUGAAGCUGUUGCCGCUUUAGGGCAAUCUGUUUUUGUCGCAGGCUCUGCUGUAUGGCUCCUUUGGGAAGUCACAAAUAGAUUUUUGGCGCCUCAACCUGUUCAGGAAUCAGGAAUUGGUGUUUGGGUCAUGAUUUUGUCUGUUGUGCUUACAGCCCUUUUAAUUACCUUUCAAAAUCAUGUUGUGAAAAAAACGCGAUCCACAGCAAUUAAGGCUGAUUCCAUUCAUUAUCGUAGCGACCUUCUUAUUAACCUUGGCGUGUUGGGAGCAUUAAUCGCCUAUCAGUAUACAGGUUUACUUUGGGUAGACCCCCUCGUUGGAGGUACUAUAGCUUUUUAUAUUUUAUGGACAGCCGUUCAAAUUGUUCGUGAAACAUUAAGUGUUCUUAUGGACAGAGAAUUAGGCGAUGAAAUACGUCAUAAGAUUAAGGAUAUUGUAUUAACACACCCUCAAGCAAAAGGGCUGCACGAUUUGCGCACUCGAAAUGGAGGCACGCAUAUUUUUAUUCAGCUGCAUUUAGAAUUAGAUGGAGAUCUUACAUUAAGAAAAUCCCAUGAUAUCGCUGAUGAGGUCACGAAAAGCCUUAUAAAAGCUUUCCCUAUGGCAGAUAUUUUGAUCCACAAAGACCCUGAAGGUAUAGAAGAAAAAAGAGAUCCUUUUCCGAUCUAA